AUGAGAAUAGAGCCUGGCCUGGAAUUGAACCCGGAUCCUGGAGUGCAGGAGUAUUUUCAUUUUGCAGCUUGCACACACCUGAAGGAUCACCAAAGGCUGGGCUACAGUAUUUCAGCAAGGUCUCCAGCCAUGGAUAUUGGGGCUGAUGUCGAAGUGGAGGCGAGCUUAAGCACCAGCUCAUACAAGCCUGAGCACGUUCUUCAUGUCCUUAAUGACUUCAGAAAAAGUGGCACCUUUACCGAUGUCGUCCUGCAAGUAGAGCAGCAAGAGUUUCCUUGCCACCGUGCUGUGCUGUGUGCCUCCAGUCAGUACUUUCGCACCAUGUUUAUGGGAAAGCUGCGUGAGAGUGGUCAGUCUGUGGUGCAGCUAAACAAGAUCUCAAAAAUUGCCCUAGAGCACCUGCUUAACUUCAUUUAUGAGGGCCGUGUUCAGCUCCAGGAGGAGAAUGUGGAGAUUGUUUUUCAAGCUGCUCACCUACUGGAUGUUCCUGCACUGUCUAGAGCCUGUGUGGACUUCCUGGAGAAAUGUGUGUGUCACUUGAACUGCCUGGGCCUGAUGGAAUUCGCCAAACACUACCUGCUGCAGCCGCUACUGGAAAAGUGCCAGAACCUGCUGUAUCAGGACUUUGGCAUUGUCACGAGACAGGAAGAGUUUCUUGAGCUGCCUGUGGAAAAAGUGGUGGAGCUGUUGAAUUGUGAAAAGCUACAGGUGCAGGAGGAAGUCCUGGUGGAUGCUGUACUGUUAUGGGUGCACCACCAGAGCUGGCAGCGGAAAGCAGCUCUUGCAAAGCUACUGGAGACGCUCCGACUGCCCUUGUUAGACCCUGUGUAUUUUACCAACAAGCUGGAGGCUGAAGAACUCAUCCAGGAUUCCCAUGACUGCAGAAAGCUGUUACAGGAAGCGAGACUCUACCGCAUGUAUGGCAGAGAGAUCAGCUCACAGAGAACAAAACCAAGAAGGCAGUCUGGCUGGGCUGAGGUGAUUGUGGUUAUCGGAGGUUGUGACAAAAGCAGGAUUUCAAGGUUCCCCAUGACUGAGAAACUGGACUCCACCACAGGGCAAUGGCUCGCCUCAGCCAAUGUGCCAGGAUACAAAUGUGAAUUUGCCGUCUGUGAACUCCACAAUGACAUUUAUUUAUCAGGUGGGCAGCUGAACAGCACACAAGUGUGGCGCUACAUGGCUCAGCUGAACCAGUGGGUUUCUGUUGGUAGGCUGCUGAAGGGAAGAUGGCGACAUAAAAUGGCCUCUCUGUGUGGAAAGCUGUAUGCUGUAGGAGGAUAUGAUGGACAGCAAAGGCUAAGCAGCGUGGAGUGUUUUAGCGUGUUUGAGAAUGUGUGGAAACCUGUGGCUCCUCUGUUGAUGCCUGUUAGUUCUGCCGCUCUGGCUAGCUGCUCUGGAAAGCUUUAUGUCAUCAGCGGAGCUCUGAGUGAGGACUGCAACACCAACAUGGUACAGUGUUAUGACCCUGUAAAGGAUCAAUGGACAUACACACUGUCCUGUCCUUUCUCUAAGAGGUGCUUAAACGCAGUGUCACUGAACGGCUCCAUCUACAUAGCUGGAGGUCUGCUGGAUGUGUUGUACUGUUACAGUCCCAAGGUCAACUCAUGGAGUAAAGCUGCUGUGCUUCCUAUGAAAUUGGAAAAUUGCGGGCUGACUGUUUGUGAUGGUAAAGUGUGUAUCAUGGGUGGUCGUGAUGAAUUUGAAGCUGUGACUGACCGUACAUGGGCAUUUGACCCCCUGAGUGGCCAGCUUACUGAAGAGAUGCCACUAUCACACAACCUGAGCAACCAUGGAUGUGUUACUAUCACACAGCACCUACAUUACAAAUGAAGGUUGCGAUUAUGUUUUUUCUUUGAAGCUGAAAAAAAUCCCGUAAUACAUAGAUUACAUCCUUGCUGCUCAUAACCAAACUGCUACAGGCUAUAAGUAUUUUUUUCAAGAAAUCCCUAACAACUAACUAACUGUGAACAUAUUAAGCUGUGAAACUACGCAUUUAUGAAGUAAUUAUAUAAAGUCAAUCACUGUAUGCACUGUAUCUCUCACUGUUAAAAUAAAAAAAUGUUGGUAACAUUUUUAUUUAUUUUUCUCUAAGUAUUAAUCUUAUAUUUGUCAAAGCAUUAUUUUAAAGUAUACCAACUAUAAUUAUUGUAAUUAUACAUAAAUAAAG